AUGGAGCAAUCGGUUGGGAGCAAGCUGGCAAUACUGGUGUACCAUUACUUUCUGGAACGGCGUAUGGUAGAUGUGGCCGAGAUGUUUGCCGAAAAGUGCAUUUAUCUGAAAGACAUCAAACGAUCACCGUACCACUGUUUGUUUUCCAGCACACCGUUGCAAAGCCUACGGUGGUUCUUGGUUGAACACGAAGCGCUUCUCGGUAAUAUGAAACGGCUGGUUCAGAUGUACCAUGAAGUGGCACCCUUGCCAUUCGAAGCAAGCUCAUGGGACAAGAUCCAGUUUUUGAUGCAUUAUUUCUACGAACGUGCAACAUCUAACAGCAGCAACGCCACUGUUGCCGAAAGUCAUAAAAAGAUACCCGAACACAUCACAUCACCGCAGACGGUGAACAUCACUGUCGAAAGGGACGAUGUGAAUUGUUACCAGGUUGAAAAUCAUGUGCAGCAGACACCUUCGAUGCAGCAGAAAACACAAAAUGUUAGCCUGAGUAAAACCACGCACCAGAACAUUUGUGCGGAAACGGAUCACACCAACGGUAUUCCCGAACGACCGAUGGUGUUAUACGUGACAAACGGUAGCAAGGAACAGCUCAACCAAAACACCAUUGUAAUUGAAAUGGAUGAGAGGGAAAUUGCGAGGAAUAUGCAAACGGACAAUGUGGACCAUAUAAUAACGUUAGAGGAUCAAGAUGUCUCUAUUAGUCAGCAAAUUGAGGUUCACACAAUAAUGCUCGAGUCGGACCACGUACCGUCCACUUCACCUCACUGUCCACCGAUAGUCGUAGCUGAUGACGCCCAUCAGUACGCAAACGUUUCCGCUAACAAGGAAAAUCAAGAACCGCUUACUGUUCCGACCGAGCUUAUGCCAGAAUCUGAGCAACAAAAUACAGCAACCGAGCAUGCGUUAUGCGAAAUUACGUCUUCCCCCAGGCUGAUUUCAAUGGAUGACAGCAUAACGGUCGUGGAAUUUCCAUCCCCACCCACGCAAGAACCGGAUAUCGUCAAAAGGAAACCGAUCGAUCCAGAAGCGCUUGAGGAAUGGAAACGAAUACGGUCAAUAAAUAGCCGGAACUUUGAUGAUCACAUCCGGCAGAUGAACCGUGAGUACGAGUUAAUGUGCGGAUCGCCAAAGAAAGUGAAGAAAUCUGGCCCGACAAAGUCGAAACCGACACCGCAGAAACAAAACAGAUGUAAAAAGGCACUGGCACCGAAGCAAACAAUACGGGCCACAAAGAAGCGGAAAGUUGAAAACGAACCGAACAAGAGGGAGAAUGAGUUGCCACCGGCCAAGCGGCCAGCAGUACUGCUACCACUGGAUAGUGAUUCGCCCGAUUUUACCUCCUCGGCGGAUGAGGACGAAGAUGUCCGGGGAAUGGCCCGGCGAAUUAAGCAGUACCGUCAACAGCAGAAGCGUUGCCAAACUAAGGCGAAAAAGUCGGAAGAAUCGACCGAUCAACAAAGCAAUGAGUUUAGCUCACCGUCCACCUUGAAACAGUGCCGGGUGAAUCUUAUUGUCGGUCGUCGUUCAGCGCGCAAAUCGCCCGUCAAAAGCGGUUUGCACAAUCGGACACCAUCCACCAGCCCGGCCGGUACGCCGGUGAAAUUUGGCAACCUGGUCACUGACAACACCGCCGUGCCUGCUGCUCACCUUGUCGGCACCAUCAGCCCGCAGCCAACGCAAUCGGGAAAAAAGGUGAAAGAACUCACCGACCAUCAGAAAACCGUAACGACGUCUGUCACCGCUAAACAGCCUGCCCCAGUACCGGUUGCACUAUCGCCAAAUAAUCGUCGACCGGUCCGUGCCUGUACGGUGAACCGUAAAACUAUUGUGGCCUCUACACCGCUAAAGCUAACCGUACCGAACGUGGAAAAUGUGGCAGCGGCACACACAACGCCCGAGCGGAGGAAGAAUAGUAAUACGAAACCGGUGACCGAGCUAAACCUGAACACUGAACCCAUCCCGGAAGCGAACAAUCCGGACACGGUUGAUGCAGGGGAAGCGGCCAUAUAUGCCGUGCUGGCACAGCUGCACGGUGAUAAUUAG